GGACUGGUCAUCAAUCAAUGUAUAAUCCUGCCUGCCAUCCUGUUGGUGGCGACGCAAAUGGGCAACUUCUCUUCGUCGUCGUCAUCCACGAUCCAGUCAUCCAAUCCAACCGCCCGAUCGAGGUGCGCCUCCAUAUAUGCGCAUGCCGGCUUCACCAUUUGGCCGUGGCGUUAGUGCUAGUCGUCGCCUGCAACUGCAAAGCUUCUAUCCGACUCCUCUGCAGCUGCGAGCGCCUCUUCCUUCCAUCGCGUGCGCGAGAAUGUCUGCGCUGGCGAAGGCUCUGGUCGCCCUCGUGGCGAUGGCCGCCGUGGCCGAGCUAGCCGCCGCCAAGAACCACACGAUCCGGUGGUCGGCGAGCGGGAACUACGGCGACUGGUCGGCCUCGAACGCGGUCAGCGUCGGCGACAGCGUCGUGUUCACGUACGGGCCGCCGCACACCGUGGACGAGCUGCCGUCGGAGGCGGACUACACGGCGUGCAGUUUCGCCGGCGCGGUGUCGUCGGACAGCACCGGCAGCACGGCCUUCACGUUCGACAGGCCCGGCACGAGGUACUUCGCGUGCGCCACGGGGUCGCACUGCGCCGGCGGGCAGAAGGUGGCCAUCACGGUCUCCGGCGCCUCCUCGCAGAGCCCGGCGACGCCCAAGGGGAACUCGGCAGCGCCGAUGGCCGGGAUCGCCGCGAAGCUGGCGCUCGGCCUCGGCGUCGGGGCAGCCCUGCUCGCCGCCUUCAACUGAUCGACCGAGCUCCGUCCCGCCAUCGUGUGCCGAACGCUUCGUGUUGGUUCAGGUUGGGCCGUGUGUCGCCGACUCGUCGCGCUUGCACAGUAGCACGGUUGCCACUUCGCCGCUUUGCAAUACGCACUGUUGAUUUCAUGAUUUAUUACAUGAUACUCAAAAUGGUCUGGUAUUUCAUCCUCGCCAUGUGUAGAACAUGUUCUUGCAGACGUAAUGGAUUUUUUGUUUGGCAA